AUGGAGGGAAGCACAAAGAACUUCAGGGUGGCUGUGGUCGGAGACAAGGGAGUAGGCAAAACGACGCUCAUCUAUCAGUAUCUCCUGGAUAAUUGGAUGACCGAAAGAAAGACUGCCAAGGGACGAAUUUUUCAGACGACUGUCACCAUCGAUUCCACGCUGAUAGAUGUGGACAUCAUUGACUCGGAAAUGGAUCUCGCUGAACUCGCCGAGUGCAAUGCCUUCGUAUUGGUAUUCAGCACGGCGUCCCGGGCGACUUUUAAUUUCAUUACGUCCUUCAAAGACCACCUACCCGCCCUUCCGCAACAAGGACGUCUCAUUGUCUUAGUGGGGACUCAGACGGACGUGGAUCACUCGGAGGUCGACUAUGAGCAUGGCCUCGACCUUGCUAAAGCGAUGAAAGCUGGGUAUUUUCAGACCUCGUACCAAAAUCGUGACAAAGUCGACAACGUCUUUAGCUAUCUUCUUCGGCGACAUCUUUGUCCGCCAGAAACCUGGACAACCUCUGAGACACCCCAACUACGAGAGUCAACCUCGCUUCCGUUCCACCUCCUGAAGUGGAUAUGGGUCAAUAUUUUCUGUGGAGGACGGUGGAAGUCCAAGAGCCGCGUUGGGUAUGAUUAA